GCGAUGGAAGUGAAGAACAGCAGAGAUUUCCUGAAUAUAAAUAUUCAGGUUUCCGCCUGCUCUUGUCUCAACUUUUCAUCGAUCAACAAGCACAACAAACACUCGAGCUUUUAGUCCUUCACUCCUGCACCUGCACACUCACUCAUCAAACGAACUUCAAAGUUCCAGUCCCCGUAAUCAACAUGCAGUUCACCACCGUGUUCGUCACUCUCCUGGCCACCGCCGUUAUGGCCAACCCAGUCAAGCGCACCGGCGGCGGCGGCGGCGGCGGCAGCCCAGCUCCCUACGUGGCUUGCCCCCCGGGUCUCUACAGUAACCCGCAAUGCUGCUCUGUUGAUGUCGAAGGCGUUGCUGACCUCGAUUGUGCCUCUCCCACUAGCACCCCCUCUAGCGCUGCCAGCUUUCAGUCAAUCUGCGCUAAAGGCGGCCAGCAAGCCGCCUGCUGUGUUGUCCCUGUUCUCGGCCAAGCCGUUCUCUGCGAAACUCCCGUUGGGCUCUAAAUUUCAUACCGCAAACGCUCAAUGAUAGGUUUUGUGAGAUAUAUCAAGUGAUGUGACAUGGAGGCACAUAUCGCUCAUUAUUACUAAGAUGAAUUGAUGGAGAAUAGGA